UAGAGGUUUUCAGAAUUUCAACAUGUACUCGAACCAUUAUCCAUCCCUUUCUACUUCAGACAAAACAAUCGGAGCACGUGCCAAGAGAAUCGAGGCGGUUAGAUUCUUAGAUUCGGAACCAGACAAUCCUUUUCGAGGGAAAUGCCGUUAUGUUAACGCAAAUUCUUUAUAUGUGAUUCGCGCCACAUUUCAUUCUCACUCUCUGCAAUCAGAUGCCGUUCUUCCCGCGCUAUAUCUGCUUUUGAUUCUGAUUUAAGCUGGAUUCUUUAAUCACCGUUCAUCUGAUAUUGGCUUCGGAGUGAGUUUCUCCGAGUGCCUUUAAUCUGUCUUGCCUCUGUUAUCAGCUGCGAGUUUAAUGCUUUUGCGAUUAUCAAUUUUUUCUGAAGUGGAUCUGUCAUACCUCAUCAAAUGGACAAUAAGUAUGAGGUCAUUCAAAAGAUUGGAGAGGGCAGCUUUGGCAUGGUUUACAAGUGUUUUGACCGUGUUACCAAUGAGAUUGUAGCUGUAAAAAUGAUCCCCAUUUUGGAUGUAUUGGACGGUGUCCCAAGCUCAGUGAUGAGAGAAAUCUCACUUCUGAAAGAACUACAUCACAAAAACAUUGUCAGGUUAUUAGAUGUCACGACCACUGAGAACUCUGUGUGUCUUGCAUUUGAACAUCUGGAUCUUGACUUGUGGAAGUAUAUCAAGAGACAAAGGAGUGCUGUGAGAAAUACUCAUUGGCUAAAGAGUUUCCUGUAUCAGAUUCUUUGUGGUCUCCACUAUUGUCACUCUCAUAAAGUUAUCCAUAGAGAUUUAAAACCUGGAAACUUGCUGAUAGAUGUUCAGAAGAAUAUCCUGAAGCUGGCGGACUUUGGAAUGGCUAGAGCAGUUGGUGUUCCUCUCAGAACACAUACUGCAGGGGAGGGAACUGUGGGGUACAGGGCACCUGAAGUCCUUCUUGGUCUAACCAAAUAUUCCACUCCUGUUGAUGUAUGGGCUGUGGGUUGCAUAUUUGUUGAGAUGGUGAAUGGGACGCCUCUAUUCCCUGGUCUGACUGAGGUUGAAGUAUUAUCUCAAAUGUUCAGGGUAUUUGGUGUGCCAAAUGAAGAAACCUGGCCUGGAGUGACUUCACUAUGUGGACCUGAUUUUGAUUUAAGCAUGUUUAAGACUGCAGAUUUUGAGAGACUGGAGCUGGCAGAUGUGGUCACUGGCCUUGAACUAGAUGGAUUUGAUCUUCUCUCUAAAAUGCUUUGCAUGAAUCCUGCUGCAAGAAUAACAACAUCUGUCGCUCUCAUGCAUCCAUACUUCAACGAUGUCCAGAGUGCACCUUGAUACUCCUUUCUUUGCCGUAUCAUUGUUGCUGCUACUUGGGAAUAUUGACUUGAGGUGAAUGGACCUGGUACUAUUGGGGGCUUGGGAUGAGAUCAAUCAUUUUAGCAAAUGGGGAGAGCUACCUAAAGCAAAUGGGGAGACCUAUCUACCACUCUCUCUGUAUCUCUUAAACACUGGCUGAUACUUAUGAAAAUAUCUGAAUCUGAUCUUGCCAACUAAACUCAAUGCUGAAUUUGUUGAAGACACGAGUCAUUCCAAAAUGUACCCUUAUUCUCAUUGCACGGUCUCCCUUUUCAUUUGUGCAAGGUUGACAUAUAUGAGCAUCGAGCAGGAAGCCCUCUCCCCGUCUCUUUCUCCGAUGACUUCAGCUCUUCUCCUCUCUAUCCCUUCAUGAUAGCCAAUUCUCUUGCAUUAUAUUUGCAAUGAUUUUAAAAUAAAAUUUAAUUCAACUAAUUCCAAUUCAAUUUAUUUAGAAA